AUGGGGUAUUCCUUCGAACAGUCGCCUCCCUGUCUGGUUCUCCAUCUGCUUCGUUUUACUUAUAACCGGAAACUCGCAAGUCUGGAGAAAAUUCGAAAGACGAUUCGCUUUGAAAAGAACCUGUCCAUUGCGGAGUACCCAAGUGUUUCGACGUUAAAAUAUGAAAAAUAUGAACUUUUUGCUGUUGAAAUAUGGAAUAGCCGUGAAUUGUAGGUAAUUAGCCAUAUUGGAAACGAUUUGAUGCAUGGACACUAUCUAGCGUAUUGUUAUCGUUUCGAUAGGGGAUGGAUUUGCUGCAACGACGAUGUCAUAAGAGAAGUUAGUUUCCAGGAAGUAUUACAGUGCGCACCUUACAUGUUAUUUUAUCGGGCUAUUGAGGAUU